AUCAAAGAGCCAAAUCGCUUUGCUGCAUUCCGCUGCACACUUGCCCUACCCGUUAUCGUUGCCGUCGAAAGUCGCCUCGCAGAUGUUCAGUGCUGUGGCUUCUCACGACAUCGUGCUGUUUUAAGCUCGUCUUCUGUCCUGCCUUCCAUGAACCCGAAGGAUCUACUACGGUACCUGUCUAAGCCUGCCAAGUAUGUUUGUUGCCGUUUGUCUUCUUUCCUUAGUCUCUUCACUUCGUCUCCGCAGAUACUCUCGUCUGCUAGACCCGAUACUUUCGCCGGUAUCGGUAUCUUCCAGCACGAGGGCUUCUACCGAAACUACCCCUCUUUGGCUGAGUGCCAAUUACCAGAAAAACAGAUUAAGGGCCUACUCUCUCAGACGGACAUAGCCCCCCUGUUCGUCUGGGCAGCAGAUAGUGCUUCCUAG